AUGACGAACGUUCCGGAAAACUGCAAGGUGCUGGUCAUCGGUGGUGGGCCAGCUGGCUCAUAUGCCGCCUCGGCUCUUGCGCGGGAGGGAAUCGACGUGGUCCUUCUCGAGGCAGAGAAGUUUCCUAGAUACCAUAUCGGCGAAAGCAUGCUGCCGUCGAUGCGACACUUUCUGAAGUUUAUUGACGCCUACGAGAAGUGGGAUGCACAUGGCUUUAACGUAAAGAACGGAGGUGCCUUCCGUCUCAACUGGUCCAGACCUGAAACAUACACGGAUUUCAUCUCAGCCGGUGGACCUGGAGGUUACGCCUGGAAUGUCAUCAGGUCCGAGGCAGACGAGCUGCUGUUCAAGCAUGCAGCUGAAUGUGGCGUGAAGACAUUUGACGAAACCAAGGUGGCAUCAAUCGAGUUUGCUCCCUCGUCCGGAGAUGGGCAUCCCCUUGGCCGUCCCAUAUCUGCUACUUGGACUCGCAAGGACGGGACCUCUGGCACUCUUUCCAUGGAUUACAUUGUGGAUGCCUCGGGUAGAAAUGGUCUUAUUAGCACUAAGUAUCUCAAGAAUCGGUCCUUCAACAAGGGGCUGAAGAAUGUUGCCAGUUGGGGAUACUGGAGGGGAGGUGGUGUCCACGGUGUCGGUACACACAAAGAGGGUGCUCCAUAUUUCGAAGCACUCAAAGAUGCUAGUGGAUGGGUAUGGUUUAUCCCUCUGCACAACGGCACCCAUUCAGUAGGUGUUGUGCAAAACCAAGAGAUGGCUACUGAGAAGAAGCGAAAAAUGGCCGAACCUUCCUCCAAGGGUUUCUACCUGGAGUCUCUAGAGUUUGUCCCCGGCAUCAAAGAACUGCUUUCCAACGCGGAGCUCGUAUCGGAGGUCAAGUCGGCUUCUGACUGGUCAUACAGCGCUUCCAGCUAUGCCUUCCCUGGUGUGCGCAUUGCUGGAGAUGCUGGAUCCUUCAUUGACCCCUUCUUCUCUUCUGGUGUUCACUUGGCUCUCUCGGGAGGUUUGUCAGCAGCAACCACUAUCGCAGCAGCCAUUCGUGGUGACUGCGAUGAGACCGUUGCAGCGUCGUGGCACGACAAGAAGACAUCCGAAAGCUACACACGCUUCCUCUUGGUUGUGUCUAGUGCAUUGAAGCAGAUCCGGUCUCAAGACGAGCCCGUAAUCAGUGAUUUUGACGAGGAUAGCUUUGAAAGAGCCUUUGAUCUCUUCAGACCCAUUAUCCAGGGGCAGGCUGAUGCCGACGCCAAGGGCAAGCUGACCCAAGCAGAGAUGUCCAAGACGGUCGAAUUUUGCUUCAGAGCAUUUGCGCAUGUCUCAUUUGAGGAGAAAGAGGCUCUCGUGAAGAAGCUUAAGUCACUCGGCCAUGAUGGAGAUGCUAACGAUGAGAACAAUCGCAAGGCUCUCGAUGAACUUGAGAAGCAUCUGACACCAGAGGAGCAGGCAAUCUUAAAAACGUUGAAGGGACGGCGCAUGGUCCGCCCCGAGGAUUCGCUCAACAUUGACAAUUUCACUGUAGACGCCAUCGACGGUCUCGCCCCUCGUUUGGAGAAGGGAAACCUCGGACUCAAGAGCAGCCAAGAAGACACUUUGCAACGACCAUGCUGA